AUGGGCACCACGGAGUCUUGUCACCACGUUGAGAGCAGCUCAAACAUCAAGAGCGAGGGGUUUCUGCAGAAGGUUUAUAACGGAGAGUCUCGCCGACACAUCGAGAAGAGGGAGCAUUGUCACAAGAUAGAGAGCUGGGUGCCCCGCCAGAGCAAUGAAAGGACGAGAGGGGAAAAAGUCUUGCUGUGACGAUAACAUUGAAGAUUCGGUAAUCUGGCCAAAACUUCAAGAACUGAAAGUCUCUCCAGAUGGUCAUUGAUACAGAAUGGGAGAACGUCCGGGGAGUAUCAUCACGUCGUCAUCAUGUCAACAAGAGUCCUAGCAAAUUUCUGCGAUGAGUAUUAUGCCCACUUUGGUAUUUUCGUGUGUGAUAGUACAACGGUGAUAGGAAGGAUAGGGAGUAGAAUUUAAGUUGAAAAAGUCUGGAAAU